AUAAUUCUGGAUCAUUUCGAAUCAAAAUAUGAUGAGCCUCGCACGGAUCCUGAAUGGCUGAAUGCCAAAGAUUACAUGGAUAUUCCUGGACCAAGUACAUUUGAAAUUCUUAAAGCCUUUAUGCCUGGAGGUAGAUUAUAUAAUGCUAAUGUCAUAGCGAUUGAAGAAUUUUUUCGGGAACAAUAUGGUGAUAUUGUACGCCUAAAAGGUACUUUGGGCAAAGCAGAUACGGUAUUCACAUUUAAUCCAGCAGAUUUUGAGGUAACCUACAGAAAUGAAGGACCAUGGCCGGUUAGAAUUGGGCUAGAGAGUUUUGCGCAUUAUCGCAUGAAUGUACGUCCAGAAAUUUUUCAAGGUGUUGCCGGAUUGGUUACCUCUCAAGGCAGGUCAUGGGGUGAAAUACGCAAUAAAGUUAAUCCAGUGAUGAUGAAGGUUCAGAAUAUCAGACAGAACUUGCCAGCCAUCGAUGAAAUCGCACAGGAGUUCUUAACAAGAUUUGAUACACUGAUCGAUCCCAGCACAGGCAGACUGACCGCUGAUUUAACAGAGGAAAUAAAAAUGUGGGCUUUGGAGUCUGUCGCCUUGGUAGCGCUCAACACACGUAUGGGACUCUUCUCCAGGCAUCAAGUGGAUGCAAAAGCUCAAAAGCUUGUCGACAAUAUGACGGUGUUCCUCAAUAUGGCCUAUCAUUACGACGUUUCGCCGUCCUUUUGGAGAUACUUUGAGACACCAGGUUUCAAGAAACUCAUAAAAGCCCUUGACAACAUUACCGAAGUAACAACAGAUUACAUCGAAAAAGCAAUGGCGAAGUUUGCAAGCGAGCAAAAUGUCGAAGGAAAGAGUGUGUUGGAAAAGCUUUAUCGUAUAGAUAAAAAGGUGGCGAUGGUUAUGGCUAUGGAUAUGCUGAUGGCUGGCAUGGAUACGACUUCGUCGGCCUUCAUUUCUACACUCUACUUGCUUAGUACGAACCCUGAAAAGCAAGAAGCAUUACGGAAAGAACUGCUUACACUGCUGCCACAAGAAAAUGCACCACUCACCCAGGAAAAUACCAAAAACUUGCCUUAUUUGCGGGCGUGUAUCAAGGAAGCGCUGCGCUUUAAACCUAUCGCCACUGCGAAUUUCCGCUUCUCAGGCCAUGAUCUUGUAUUGUCGGGCUAUCGAGUUCCCAAAGGUGUGGGUGUAUUUAUGGCGAAUAUGUCGCUCUGUAAUAGCGAAGAGUAUUUUGAGAGAAACAAAGAAUUUUUGCCAGAGCGUUGGCUUAAAUCUCAAAGCUCUAGCUGUCCAAUUACAAAGAAAAAUAAUCCUUUCGUUUAUUUGCCAUUUGGCUUUGGACCACGCACCUGUAUUGGUAAACGUCUUGCUGAGAUGGAGCUUGAAACCUUACUGACAAGGCUGUUUCGCAAUUAUCGCGUGACUUGGGAGAGCGAGAAGCCAUUAGAGUAUAAAAGUAAUAUAGUUCUAAUGCCAUGCGGCGAGAUGCAUUUCAAAUUUGAAAGAUUAUAAGAUUAUAUGUUAUAUUUGUAAAUUAUACACGAGUAUUAAAACUGUUUGUAAAUGGUGGAAUUUAAAUUACAAAAAAAUUUUUGUAUUAGCUAUUUUUAUAAAACCAAGUUUUUGGUUGAUUUUUUCUUAGUGUAGCCGUACUUGCCAUGGUACAAUGAUAAGUUCACUUAUGUUGAUUCUUAUGUAAUUAGAUCAUUGGGCAAGUAAAACAACUAAUGUUAAUAUCACAACAAAAUUAAAAAAGUGGCAUUCUGGAAAAUGCGGAGGGACAAUAUUACGAUAGAAAGUCGCGCUUAUACUGAUGAAAUUUUUCAGGAAAAAAUAUAAUAAAACAAUAAUAGUUAUGUUAGUCAUGACAAACACUAA